GGUGCGGUUGCAAUAAUCGAGACUCGCGUGCGCCCGCACAAAAUCAUAACUAUUUUCCCAACCGUUCAAGUUAAUUUGCGCGCUGUUCACUGCUCGCCUACUCAACUCGUAAUAACGGUUUCAGAACAUACACGCUUACAUUGUAUGUAUGUGUGCGUAGUCCGCGACAUAUUUGUGCAAUUGGCGUUGACAGCGCUUUUUGUCAGCGCAAGCGAUUGACACAAAACACAUUCGCGGCUCAUACACGCUCGGCUAGCUGUACGGCAAUUUGACAAAACAGCUUACGUUCAAAAGCGUUUAAGCGCUUGCUGUGACGCGUACCGUUAAGAGCUGUGAACUAGUUGUCAAGUUUCGGCUAAAUUAAGUGGCAAUUUUGUGGAAAGACAAACAAAGCAAAAAACAAAUGUGUGUGCAAUUAAAUAAAAAAUAAUAAAAUUACUUACUUUAAAAGUAUACGAAAUACUCAUAACAGUUCAAAAAUUAUUUGAAAAGAAGUUAAAAUAAAUCCUGCGACUAUAUAUAAAAAGUGUAGUGUUUUGUGAUUCCUUGGGUCUUUACUAAAUUGGCGCCACAACACCUCAUCAUGUCAUCAACACACGAGCACGAAGAUGAGGAACGCGAUGAUGUGGAGGAUGAACAAGAGAUUCAUGUUGAUGUUGACUCGGAUUCACGUAUUUCCUGCGGCAGCGGCUCCGAAGUGGAUAUGGAAGGCGGCAGUUGCUAUGAUGAAAUGGAAACGCCGCUAAGUGAAUCCGUGCAGUCGGAGCAAACGCGCUCAUCGUCUAGUGAGAAUUUACCCUUUAGCAUAUCACGCCUGCUGUCGAAACCCUUCGAAAACAACAAUAAACAAAGUCCUGAAAAAGACAUACAGAGUGAACAUGAUUUAGCUGCGUACAAGUUGGCCACAAGCAUAGCCACAUCGACGUAUGGCGGCGCCACCGCACUCUAUACAUAUCCGCAUUUAUAUCCCACCGCAGCUGCGGCGGCUGCUGCCGGACAUGUACUGCGUGUACCGCCGCAACGUACACCGUUAACCUGGGCGCUGCCGCCUUUGCAUCACGCCGCUUUGGCGCAUCAAGCGGUCAAGGACAGAUUGGCAGCUGCUUUUCCCAUCACCCGUCGCAUCGGACAUCCGUAUCAAAAUCGCACACCACCAAAGCGGAAAAAGCCUCGCACAUCCUUUACACGCAUACAAGUCGCCGAAUUAGAGAAACGUUUCCACAAGCAAAAAUAUUUGGCGUCCGCCGAGCGAGCGGCACUGGCGCGCGGUCUUAAGAUGACCGAUGCACAAGUGAAGACUUGGUUCCAGAAUCGACGCACGAAAUGGAGACGUCAAACGGCUGAGGAACGCGAAGCUGAACGUCAAGCGGCAAAUCGUCUGAUGUUAUCCCUGCAGGCAGAAGCAAUUAGCAAAGGAUUUGCGCCACCACCAGCUUCGCAACUGUCCACACAAACGGUUAACGGUGCACCAUUGGCGGCACUGCAUGGACUCCAGCCCUGGGCUGAGACACACGCGGCUGGUUGCUAAUCCUCCCCACACUAAGGACAAGCCGGAACCGUAUUGGUGCACCAAAUAUCUAAGUGCAGUAAAGUUCAUUUGUGAUAUGCUUUGUAUAUAUAGGAAAAUCUACUACACUAAUACAUAUAUACAUACUAAAUAUUAUAUAAUAAAUACAAGCAAAACGGAAUUAAUCUCAACAAAAAUUAAGAAUUAGCUAUAAUAUGUAAUUUAUAAAAACUUAAUUACUCUGAAAACUAUAAAAACUAAGCCGUACUUAAAUUGUCACAGAGGAAUUCUGUAAUGAAACACAAAAUUAUUUAUUACAUUUUUGCAUAGUAGAUUUAGCUGAAACCAUUUUAUUUAUUGUCAAG